CUUUCCUAUGAUGGUUUUAGCUCUAGUUUAGCACUAGAAAUUUUGAAGUUCUACACAUUUUCUCUACUUUCACGAUCCCAGCUCAAUACUAUGGUCACGAUUUUAAAAGAAGUGUAGUUUGCAAUCCUGUGCACACUGACCUGGGAGUAAGCCUUACUGAGUGGAGUGAGCUUUCCUUCCGAGUAAACAAGCACGGUCUUAUUGCACGGUUAAAAUCGUUACUAGGAAGUUUUUCUGGUCGUCGUCCCUUCUCGGUCGGCUUGCAAUCCCCAAAGAGGAAGUGGGCUGGACUCUAGCAGUGCCUGCCAUUUCCACCCAACUAGCCGUGGAAAGCAAACGUCGGCGGGGUGGAGACUCUCCCUGGGGGUUGGUCGGCCCGGCGUGGAGAAAGAGUCUGCCCGAGUUGCAGCGGAGGGCGGGAAUUCCGAAAGGGAAAAAGACAUGGCCGGCUGCCGUCGGGAGCCGGGUAAACGGGGCUCUUUCGAGCUCUGGGGGUUGUUGCUGCCGUUGAAAACAAAAGGCGCCGACGAGGAGGACGACGAGCAGGAGGAAGACGGAGACGACGCCGAUGCAGAUUUCGAGCUCCCAGACGCCGCCAGGGCAGACCCGGACCAGACAGCCCCGCGCCAGAAAGUUAUAAUACAGGAGGAAAAAUCCCAAGCGAAGUACCAAGUGGCUGGACGCUUUCUAUUUACUGAUUCUUGGUGGAAAGUGAAUGUUAAAGUUAAAAAAAGUGGACCAUACUACUAUGUGCAGGGGUAUCCGUCUUACUUUCUACAGACUGAUGCAGGGGAAAAUCAGAUUUCAAUUAUUUCACUCUUCUUUAAUGCAUGUAAUGUUCCACCAGAAUUUAUAAGUGAGUUUUUCGAGUGGCUUCCUGAAGGAUCCUCUUUAAAUUUUAUGGAUCUUGAAGAAAUAUUAAAUCAGUUUCAGGAGUCAAAACUUCAAGAAGGACAAAAAUCUGCAGAUACCAAACUUUUUGACAUCUUUAAUUACAUUAAGAACUCAUUUGCAGGGAAAGCUGUACUGGUAGCCUUGGCCUUUCCUGCUAUACUGGAAUUCUUACCAAUACUUUUGCCACGGAAUAUUUCUCAUUGCAUCGGAUGGCUGAACAGCAAAGAUGUUGAAUUGACAAAACUGAAUAAAAUAUUAAAGGAAGAGCCAUGGAAACUUGGAUUUAGCACAAUGGUGUACAGAGACCUGCGUACCUCCUUUUCUGAAGUAUCUUGGAGCACCUUCUCUGAGUGCAGUCAUCUUCUUGAGAAAAUUCCUGAUUUGCAGAAGAAUGCCUUGAAAAUAUAUGCAGCAUUCAAGCAGAGAUGUAGCAACAAGGGACACACAUAUGAAGAACAGGAUAAAUUGACACGUAUGGUUUCUGAAGAUAUGUCUGUUGAACAUGCCUGGCAGUCACUCCAGUUUAUGAAGGAUGAGAGGAUACUAGUUAGUGAGGGAAAAUUAUUUUUCCUGUACAACCUCUACAAAGCUGAAAAAGAAAUUGCAACUACGGUUCAUGAGCUCAUUAAGAAAACUCCAUGGCAGCUGCAUGCUGAUGUCAAAAAGGCACUUAGUGGUCGCACACAUAUGAACACCUUGAGAGACCCAGUUGUUGAGUAUAAAAUAAAUGACGAGGAACCUUGUGGGAUGGAUCAGGAGGAACCCAGCAAUACUUCAGAUAUGCAAGAAAACUGUAACGAUGGCUUCGAGUGUGGCGCACGAACUCCCAGAGAGGAAAUAAAAAUCGAAGUAGUAGUGGAUCCAAAUCAAGAGAAGGCUGUGGAAAUGAUAUGUGCCAAUCCUGUGACAGUCAUAAGUGGGAGAGGUGGUUGUGGAAAAACAACAGUGGUUAGCUACCUUUUCCGCUAUCUAAAGGAAAUGGAAGAAAAAACAACUCAAAAUGCUUGUAAAGCUUUUGAAGCUGAUACAGCAAAUGAAUGCAGUACUUUCAGCCAAUGUUUUGAUUUAAAUGAACGCAGAAAUGAGUCUCUAAAUAUUUUAUUUACUGCACCCACGGGAAGGGCAGCAAGGCUGUUGCAAAAGAAAACACAGAUUUCUGCUUAUACUUUGCAUCAGGUAAUCUGGAGUUACUAUGCAUGGAAGCAUGAGUCAAUGCCUUGGAAGUUUUCUGAAGUCAAUGUAUUGGUUGUAGAUGAAGGGAGCCUGGUGUCUGUAGAAGUCCUUAGUAGAGUUUUACACCUUCUGUUCCACCAUGCCUGUCUUGCUAAGCUCAUUAUUCUUGGUGAUGUUAGACAGUUACCUAGUAUUAAGCCUGGUAAUAUGCUGGCUGAUAUGUUUGAGAUUAUGAAAUCAAGAAGCUGGGGUCUAGAACUGAGAACUAAUCACAGGACUGAGUCGCAGUUAAUUGUAGAUAAUGCAUUAAGAAUCUCUCGGCAGAUCUACCCAGAGUUUGAUGCAUUGCUCACAAUUUCUGGCCGGAAUGACAUGUGGCCAGUGCCAAGUCCUGAGAAAAGAUUUAUUUUGGUUGCUUUACCUACUGCAGAUGAUUUGGUGCCUGCCAUUAAGGCUCUGCUUGAAAGAGGUCCAGGACUGGAAGAUGCUAAGCAGUCGCAGUUCAUUUCUUUCAGAAGGAAAGACUGUGACAUCAUAAAUGAAAUCUGCUGUCAGCACUAUUCACAUCAUCCUAUGCGAAACCAUAAAAAUCAACUCCAGUUUCAAUGUGGUGACAAAGCCUGUUCUACAAGAAAUGCUUAUAUCAGAGAUCUUCAAAGACCCGUAGAUGGUCAUGAUGAUAGACAGGCUCGGACUGGCCCACAGGGCAGCAGCGCAUAUUCCCAGUGUGCCCCACCCGCAGGGUGCCCCGGUGCCCCACCGCACUCGGCAGCAGUGAAUACUCCCACCCUUACACACCCAUCCUGCUCAAACCCUGGCGCCCUCCCCACACAGAUUCCACCGCCCUCUCAGUGCCCUCAGUCCGUCUCUGAUGAUAGGUUGUGCAAUGGAGACAUAUUCUUCAUUAAAAAGGAUGAAGAAGAUAAGCACCGUUUUCUGACCAUUAACAUUCCGGAUGGAGAGGAAUACACCCUGCUCUAUACAGCUCUCCGGAGAAUCUCUAAGAUAAAGCAUGCCUGGGCCAGAACUAUUCACACGUUUCAGGGUUCUGAAGAAAAUACAGUUGUCUAUGUUGUUGGAAAUUCUCCUUACCAGCACUGGCAGCAUGUAUAUACGGCUAUUACUAGAGGACGUUCCCGGGUCUAUAUUGUUGCCGAGGAGGCCCAACUCCGAACAGCCAUUGCUAGAAAAAGUUUUUCCAGAAAAACUCAAUUACGAAAAUAUUUAAAAGAUGCUCUUGUGGGGAAAAUGGACGAUUCUGAACAAACCUUAUUGCCUCAGCGCUCUUGGAAUUUUGCUCUUCCUGAUGAAAAUAGGUCCACUGAUGAAGAAGAAAGAGGUCUUGUUUCUGAUGAAAUGGAAAACGAUAAUGGGCUGGAGAUGACUGUUGAGCUGGCUGGUGUAACAGAGGACACUUCGCUUCAUCCAGGUGAACUGAAGAGGCAAUGUGAAUUUCCAGAUGGUUGUGAAAGCCCUUUCAAAGUACCUUUGGUAAUAGAAGACAAUUCUCCACUUGGAACUACAAAACUGCUAAAGAUGACACUGAAGGAUCCCGUUCCUAAACAACUUUUUAAGUAGUAAUAAGUGUAUUCUUAGCUACAUGUUUGAUGCCCCCCCGCCCCCAAAGCCAAAAUGUCUUAGAACAGAACUAUGAGAUGUUUUUGUUAAAAUGUUUUGCAACUUCAGAGAAAAGGUGUUUUUUUUUUUGUUUAACCUAUUUUUAACUCUGAAUAAUAUUUGCUCUUAUUAUCUGUUUUUAAUUGAAGAAAUAAUUAUCUUUAAAAGUAGAUUUCAAAUUUUAAAGACUUUCUUGUUAAGAAGGUACCUGAAUUUUUUUUUUAAAAAGAACUGUAUCUUAAGUAUUUUUCUCUUUCUGAUGUGGCUUGAGUGGUACUUAUUGCUAGAGCUGCCCUGUGUUCCUGUAUUUUGCUCAGGGAGAGAGUGUGAGCAUCAUUCUAAAUCGGCUGGUUCUUGCCUGCCCCUUUUCGAAGUUGGUGCAGCACUGCCCACACAGGCAUAAGGGGCUGUUCACUCUUGCAUCUUGUAGCAGCUUUCCAAGAGUGUCGCCGGGUGCUUGUCCGCAACAGGAGGCUGCUGGUUAAUGUGUGGAGAGAGAGAGAGAGAGAGAGAUGGCUAUUAAGUUUGUCAGGCAAUGUCUUUCACUAAAAGCCAUACUUAUUCUAGUAAUCUUUUUUUUUUUUUUGCCAGAAAGCACUCUGAGGAAUACACGUUGGCAUUAGAUCUGUUACAGUAAUUGGCAACUAGAGCAUCAACUUGUGGGGAGAACCUGCCCCCCCAGUUCAGUGCUUGCCUCUGCAGACACAUGCUGAAUGGUGGGAGGAUGAGGCCAGCUGCAUGCUUCAUUUCUCCUAUACUACAAGUAAUGAAUGUCUGGACAUAUUGUUGCUCAUUACAUCAAGAGGUUAGAAUGCUACAUAAGAGUAGCUAACACUAACUCCCUGAUCCAAAGGUGCAUGAGCAAAGUAGUCAGUGUUACAUGAGUAGGACCGAUCUUAAUCCAAGAGGGGAAUUGCACACGCUGCACCUUGUUUGCACAAGAGUUGCUCCAGGCCAUUGGGUCUGUGGCUACAGAGGCUGCUUCCAUGUACAUAUUGCUCCUAGCUGGAUUAUGGUAUACAUGAAUUAGGUUAAAGAGAGGUUCUUAAUCUGUACAAGAUCUUUGUAUCAGUUGAAAACUCCAAAAAUAAGCCAUAUACAUAUUUAAUGGUGUGCAAAUCCAGAACUUUAGAAGAGGUUAGGACUUCCUGAACCUGGUUUUUUAACAUUGCAAAAAGUUCUAAAUAUGAUUGGAUUAUGAACCCUUGAAUGAUGAUAUAAGUUGCAUUAAUAGUACGAGAUCGUACUUUUUGAUGACCUAUAAUUUGUAACAUUCACUGGCUAGAAGAUAAUGGCAAUUCAUGCAAAUACCUUGACAGCCAACAUUGCUUUUAAAUCACUGUUUAUUUGAUCUUUUUACAUUUUCCAUACAAAUUUUGAAACAGUUUGAGAUCCGAGAAACCAUACAUUGACGAUAAAUAUCAUGCUAUUAAAGUAUUAAAUUUGUACAAAAAUAUUUUAGUUUAAUACUCAUUUGUUACAAAUAAAAAUACAUAUUAAGUGGUUCAUGA